AUGCCGGUCGCCUCGGGUCAUGCUGACGAGGGGUGGCUGAAUGGCUGCAGCUCCAGCGUCACCCUGCAGUCACCUGUAUGGGCACUGAGGGGGGACGAGGCGCGGCGCGCCAGGAAGAGGAAAAAGAAGGGCUCCUGCUUCUCCAGCAUCCGGAUCUUCCUGGCGUCCGAGUGCGCGCUCAUGCUGGCCCAGGGCACGGUGGGCGCCUACCUGGUGAGUGUCCUGACCACCUUGGAGCGAAGAUUCAACCUCCAGAGCGCCGACGUGGGCGUCAUCGCCAGUAGCUUCGAGAUCGGAAACUUGGCCCUCAUCCUUUUUGUGAGCUACUUCGGGGCCCGCGGGCACCGGCCACGCUUGAUCGGGUGUGGGGGGAUCGUGAUGGCCCUCGGGGCCCUGCUCUCGGCACUGCCCGAAUUCCUGACCCACCAGUAUAAAUAUGAAUCUGGGGAGAUCCGGUGGGGAACCGGAGGGAGGGACGUUUGUGUGAUCAACGAGUCCGCCAGCGACGAGGGACCAGACCCGGAUCGUAUCUGCCGGAGCAGGACUGCCACGAACAUGAUGUAUUUGCUUCUCAUUGGCGCACAAGUCCUCCUGGGGAUUGGGGCCACGCCUGUGCAGCCGCUAGGAGUUUCCUACAUUGAUGACCACGUGAGACGGAAAGAUUCUUCUCUGUAUAUAGGGAUCUUGUUUACAAUGUUGGUAUUUGGACCUGCCUGUGGAUUUAUUCUGGGCUCUUUCUGUACCAAAAUCUAUGUGGAUGCAGUCUUCAUCGACACAAGCAAGCUGGACAUCACCCCCGAUGACCCCAGGUGGAUUGGCGCAUGGUGGGCGGGCUUCUUGCUCUGUGGUGCCUUACUUUUCUUCUCGUCUCUCCCGAUGUUUGGAUUCCCGCAGUCCCUGACGCGCCAGCCAGAGCAGAUGACAGAGGCUGAGCAAGCCAUGCUGCCCGAGGGGGACUAUGAGCGGCCGAAGCCAAGCAAUGGAGUCCUCCCGCACCACCCCACAGGAGUGGAAGAUUCCACCUCCUGCUUCCAGCAGCUGAGAGUGAUCCCCACGGUCACCAAGCACCUGCUGUCCAACCCGGUGUUCACGUGCAUCGUCCUGGCGGCUUGCAUGGAGAUCGCCGUGGUGGCUGGCUUUGCCGCCUUCCUCGGCAAGUACCUGGAGCAGCAGUUCAAUCUCACCACGUCAUCUGCUAACCAGCUGCUGGGCAUGACGGCGAUCCCCUGCGCAUGCCUCGGCAUCUUCCUGGGAGGCCUCCUGGUGAAGAAGCUCAGCCUCUCUGCGCUGGGCGCCAUCCGGAUGGCCAUGCUGGUGAACCUGGUGUCCACGGCUUGCUACGUCUCCUUCCUUUUCCUGGGCUGCGACACGGGCCCCGUGGCCGGGGUCACGGUGCCCUACGGAAACAAGUCAGGGCUGUCCUCCAGCUUGGCCCCAUAUUCUGCCUGCAAUAACCACUGCAAAUGCCAAACGGAUUCCUUCACUCCCGUCUGUGGGGCAGAUGGAGUCACGUACCUGUCGUCAUGCUUUGCUGGAUGCAAUAGCACGAACCUCACUGGAUGCGCAUGCCUCACGUCGGUCGCAGCCGAGAACGCCACGGUCAUUCCCGGGAAGUGCCCCAGCCCCGGGUGCCAGCAGGCCUUCCUGACAUUCCUCUGCGUGAUGUGUGUUUGCAGCAUGAUCGGGUCCAUGGCUCAGACGCCGUCCGUCAUCAUUCUCAUCAGAACAGUGAGCCCAGAGCUGAAAUCCUACGCCUUGGGCGUUCUCUUCCUUCUCCUCCGGUUGUUAGGUUUUAUCCCACCUCCCCUCAUCUUUGGAGCGGGAAUUGAUUCCACCUGCCUCUUCUGGAGCACGUUUUGUGGCGAACAAGGAGCGUGUGCUCUGUACGACAACGUGGUUUACAGGUACCUGUACGUGAGCAUCGCAAUCACUCUGAAAUCACUUGCGUUCAUCCUGUACACCACCACCUGGCAAUGCUUGAGAAAGAACUACAAGAAAUAUAUCAAGAACCAUGAAGGUGGACUCAGCACGAGCGAGUUCUUUGCCUCCACGCUGACCCUGGACAAUCUGGGACGGGACCCCACUGGCCAGAACCCAUCUCAUAGGACAAAAUUUAUCUACAACCUUGAAGAUCACGAGUGGUGUGAGAACAUGGAGUCUGUUUUAUAGUGACCGCAAGGGUGGAUUGCUAACCCAAAAGUCCUUUUUAACGUCAAAAAAUAAAACAGAGAGAUGAAAAAGUGUAAUAUAAGAGACAAGACAUUUUAGAAGACACAAGCAAAUUGGCGGCCAGCACUGUAUCUCAAAAAUACCAUGAUGUUCCAGAAUACCCUCAUGCAUAGGUAAGAACAGCGGUGGGCCUCCAUCCUUUUCUCAAGCGCAGACCCAGGCAGGAUUCAGGAGAACAGGAUCAUGUUCAGUGUCUGGGCUGAGCCAGGGAGGCAUAAAGCUGUGCCUCCGUGUACCAGACACAUUGGCAGGUGGCAUAAAGGAUGGGGAAAGCCGCUCAUGUUCUGGGACCCCCCCCCCCUUUUCAUUGAGGGCUGAGCAAAUGUCUGUCCUUGAGCAUCAAGCAACAGCAAACCCAAAAGCAAGAGAAGAACGAGCCAGAACUGUUUCUCAAAUCUGUGCUAUUUGAAACUCAAGGACCACUGGGGUAACCUUUGCAAUAUGAGCUACAAAGGACGUACACUUGGGUGCUAUUCGGUGACAGCAGCCUCUCCUCUCCCGAGGUCUCAGAGGGAGCCGUUUUGGAAUCACUGUGCUGAUUCAGCUUCAUAUCACCAGCCCUAAUUCCAGACAGCGGCUGAAAUGGCCCAAGCCCACCUGUGUCAUCUCACUGCUCUUCAAACACCAGCAUCACUGCAUUCACAUAUUUCAGAGUCUGGUUCUUUGGGGGAUGGGAAUGGGGGGGGGGUUACCAUGCCAGAAAAGUCUGGGUGGGAGCAUCAGACGACCCUCGCCAAACAUUCCAUACGAAUUUAACAUUACGGAGGGAUGAAGCUGGUCUAAAGGUGGUAACGGAUGUUGCAGCUCGAAUGGGCAACAGAGCUUCUGUGGCCAAUGCGCAUUUUGCUCUCCAGGUGUGAGCCCCACUAAGAGCAAAUUUCUGGUGUGAGAGAGCUGGAACCGGGGAAAAGUUGACCACAACCUGGGAGUGUCGGGGCAGUGAUCCCAGAGCAAUCUUUCAAUCAUUUCUUCCUCUUUUUUUAAAGCUUUCUAUAUGCAGGACAGCACUGGGGGUGGGCACAGCCAUCUUCCCAGAGGAAGGGUGGUGCCGAUCUGUUUUGUGGGUGCUCCCACCCCCAAUUUUCUGCCCUGUGCAUGGGUAGGGAAACGGAGAGGCCACGCUGGCCAUUUUCCGGGGGUUGGCAGUAAAAUCAAAAUAUUUGUGGGGGUGAUUGUCUUUACCGUCACUAUACCGGCUGUCCCUCUGGGACACUCUCAAAUGCUCUCUCCCUCCAAAGCAAUGAGAGGGGUGGGCUUCCUACCCCCUGCCUCUUGUAACAUCGGUUCAGGGUGGGAAAAUGGCAGCAAGCUGGCCUGAACCCCCUUGGCUGGGCCACCCCUGGGACAAAUUUUGCAAAGAUAAAAACCGCACUGUAGGUCAGGAAACGGUGACUCCCACCGAGAGGCCCUCCGUUGGUGUUUUCGCUGGGAUCGCAAUGCGCUCGUGCGCAUUCAGGGACGGGUCGCGCCGUAAAUUGCCGGCUGGGCUCCACAGGCCUCACUCCCAUCCGGUCCCCUCGCUUUCCCCCCACCUCCCUGCAGAGGCUCUCGAAUGCUAGGUCUGCUUGCUCCCAUCUGGACACUUGGCCAACUUGAGUUGUGCUAGAGAGGUGCCCAGUGCAGAGGAGAGUGGGUGGGGGGCUGAUCAAGCCUUUCCUCCCCAGCCCAGCACCAACUCCAACUCCAACUCCCAUCCUCCCCAGCAAGCACGGAGUGUCAGGGCUGACAAAUAUCUCCUGGGCAAUUUCUGUAGUUAGCUGGGAUUCCAGGUGUUUGUUUUGUGGCUGGAGGAGCAGCAGAUGCUCCGGGUUCAAACGAAGGGCUCCCUCCUGGGAGUGCCGGUGUGCCACAUGGAUUGUACAGUGCCUUCCAAAGCAGCCUGCAUGUUACAGGCAAGGGAGUGAGGACGUGUGUCGGGGAAAGCCAUCCUCUGAGGAACACGCAUCCCAAACCACACUUGGUGCCCAGAGCCAGUUGAUUUUUCUGGACGGCAUGGGAUGCUCUGAGCAGCAGGCCUGUCGGGGUGGCAUUCUGCGUAAAUGCAAACCUGCACAGACUGCAAAGGCUCCAGGCCACAUCGUUUCACUCUGAAUAUGCGCGGGGCUGCAUUACACAAUGGAAAACAAAAAUACUUCCCUCUGUAUUGUGAACUGGCAGGGACGCCCGUCUGUAGCACACCGCACUCUGCUCUCCGAGCGCUGCUGCUCCCUGGGAGUAGGAAUUUUGUUUUCCAUGGGUGAGUGGGGCUGGGGUCGGCGGUGGGGUUCAAAAAUGAGUGUGCUCCACAUGUCCAGAGCUGUCAGGCAUUCUGCAGGAGGCAUUGAGGGGCUCCAAAAGCCAGACUUUGGAGAGGGGAGCAGUUGAUCAAGCUCAGCUCAGAGACUAGCGGGGGCUGGAGGCAGCAUGGCGCUGGCUGUGGCUUAGCCCUUUCUAGAAGGCUUUUGCUGGAAUGCCAGGCCUGCCCACUGGCUGCCACUUCAGAAAAGCCAAUUGCAUAUUUUAAAAAACCAGUGGACCCCUCUGCUCACUGGUUCCAGAAAUCAGCCCUCGGAUUUACAAUUUCAGUGAAAACAGGGAACCAGCAGAACUUCUCCUGGCUAGGAUUGGUUUCUCCAGAUCAGGACACAUCCUUUUGAAAGCAGCUUGCCAGCUGGUAAGAAAUGGGCAGGUGGGUAUGAUGGGGGUCUGAUCUUUUGUCUUCCUGUUUUAUUAUUUUUUAAUGUCUCCUCUCCAGUUCUUUGGAUGUCUUAGCCAAGAUAGUUCAGCAGCUUCCCUGUGAGGAAUACCUUUUCCUAUCCAAUACGUGGCAUCAGCCACAUGUCCAGCGGGACAUACAAGUUCAGAUGACAUUAUAUUGUUGCAAAAUUCAAUCCUUUCCUGUUUGUGUGCGGAACUUCACAAAUGCCUAGAGAGGAAUUUCUGAAUGGGUGGGACUAUUCUCCCGAGGCCUUUCCAGAUGUGUGGGACUACUUCUCCCAGCAUGUUGGCUGGGAAUGAUGGGUAGCAUCACCCAAUGCAUCAGGAGGACACUAGGUUGGAGGAGACCGAAAGGGCCCUCGUGUCAGGUGCAGCACUUUCGGAAUCACCUUAGACAACUGGGCAUCUUGUGAUGUCAGAAAGGGCAGGAUGCAACCCCAGCAGAAGCUGCCACCCGUUCCCAUGUUUCCUUGUUGCAGGCAAUGGAGACUAUAAAAUAUUUGGGGGCAAAUAUUUGGGGUGCAGCAGUUCCCCAAACUGCUGCACCCCAGUUCUAGAAACCCGAAGAACCCUGUCUGUUCAUGUUGGUAUACAAAACAAACAGAGAAUGUCUUCUUAGCUCUUUUUCAACAUCAAGUAUCGAUGGAAGACCUUCCACAAACGGGGGAAGUGCUCAAGCUUUGGACUCCCUCUGAGAAAGGCUAUUGCACAUGAGUAGAACACCUCCUUGGCAUGCAGGGAAGAGCGCGGGUUCGCUCCAUGGGGAGGCAGGGAACACCCUGUUGCAAUCCCUGAAGGUGCCAUGAAUGGACCAGUGCUCUGUCCGCCACUAAGGCAGCUCCCAGGUUCUUCGGAACAUCGGUCACUGUGCCAAAUGCUCAGCACAUGCUUUGGCAGGUCCGGAGAGCUGCUUCAGUGUUGCUCUCGGGAUCACAGGAGUACUGGGCCUCUCUGGGGCCACGUGCAAGGCCUGGAGCAGGAGGGGCCCGGAGACACGAGGGUCUACUCUCUCGACUUGGCCAAGGAGGGCGACCAGGUCCUGGUGCUUGUGCAAGGAUGGGUCCACCGGCCACCUGGACUGGUCUUGUACAUCCUUUUUUACUUCCGUGCCAGAGGAAGGCCUGGGCAGUCCUUAUUUUAACAUCUAUCCAGCCUUUCUACAUAUACUAGCCAAAAUGGUGAACAACAAAAAUAUCUAAUGCAAUAUAUAUAAUAUAUACAUUAUGGAUUUUAUAAUGAGAAGAUAAAGCCAACUGACUCCCCACAGUUUAAGAGAAGCCCUUAAAAAAGGGGUUCUGACCAUGAAGGGCACAUUGUAUGUUCAGUCCCAGGCAAAACAAGAGUCUUCCUUCUUUUCCAUAUCCCAAGUUUCGCCCCUCUGUUUUAAAGGAAAGCCAGUCCAAAGCGCCUGUAGGUAUGUGGAACUAGCUGGUUGGAUCUCUGGAUCCUGGCUCAUCAAUUCUGAUUUGCAGACCUUGGCUUGGAGCCACAGGUGCCUAGGCUUUCAGUCUAGGCACCUGGGGAACAGAAAGUGAGAAACAUCACACGGAAAUGCAGUGCCAUUUUGGUGCCUGCUGGAUGGUCAGGUUGGCUUUUUAUGUUGCAACAUGGACACAGUUUCACUGCAGCUGGUAAAAUCGCUGUAAUGGUCUACCGAAGCCAAUUAAUUAAUUGAAGGCAUCAGUCUGCAUCUGUCUUAUGCCAUGUCUGUGUAAAUGGCAAAUGCAACCCUCUAAAAUGUACCAAUAGAGACGCCAUAAUGUGUGUGUUUUUUAAAAUAAUACUUGAAAAGUUUUCUGUGCUGAACUUUUCCACAUUUUCCACCAUUCCCAUUUCAUUUGCUAGAUGAGAAAAUGAUUUGGAAAAGAAAUCCAAAAGAAGGCAUUUGGGAGAAAAAUUCCUCGUGGGUUGGGGGCCUUACCUUACUUAUGAGGAGAGACCUGAGGAUACCCUUUGAUGGCGAUCACCUUUCCUACAGGCGAUGGUCUCAGCUUCAACACGCCACUUAAUGCUCAGGGGGAAGCGUCACAUUCCCAUAAGCACAUUUCUUUCUUUAGUCCAGAUUAGGAGGCGCGAGUAGCCUAGGAAAUGGGGCAACGGACAGGUGUGUGGCAGGAGGGAAAAAUGUCCUGUGGCCACCUUACUGUGAUUCGGGACACUCCAAAACAUUCAAAGCUCUGCCCCAAGCAUUGCCAGCUGUGAACAUUUUGUGUGAAAAACGGUUGGAGGAUUUCCCUCCACCCGGAGCAAUUCAAGGAAAUGGCCCCCUCCCCUGCCGCUAUUUCUCCGCCCACAAAUAAGGUGAAGAAUUUCAAGUCUGUCUGCUCUACCUCUGCUGCAUGCUGUGCAUUUCAUGCCAGGCCAUUUUCCCGCAACGCAGCAUUUUAGGGCCAGCACAGAGCUGCACAAUGGAGAAGGUGAAGAGCUCAUGAGGUUGGCUUGAUUGCCUCAGUUUUCCCUGGGGAGGUCUCAUGAGAAGCCCUCCUGUUUUCCUGUGGGUCCAAAUAGACCAGAAGCAUGUCUGUGUUCAGUCCUCAAAAAGCAGCCUGUGAGGCCCUGAUCCAAGCUACAGCAUGGUCUGCUGAGUGAGUUGGCUCUUUUCUCCCUGCACAGUUUCCUGCUGGAGACCUCCAUCUUGACUCGUGGUCUCCAAAUGCAGAUGAAAACUGGACCUUCUGCUGGGAGCUGAUUUCAAACUCCUCCAUAGCUGAUAGUUGAGAGAAAGCAAGUGUUUGUGUGAGUCAACCAAGUGACCAGAUCACAGGAGUUGGCAACUUUGGACCCAUGGCUAAAGUCUGGCCCUGCAAGGGUCCCAAUCCCCUCCAGAUUCUUCUGGAGGCCAGAAAGCCUGUCCUCUGAUCACACGUGGGUGGUUAUCAAGGUUUUCCAUGGUCUGCUUUUCCAUCGAGAGGGUAGAACUGCUUCACCUUAGGCCUAGUUAUUGGCAGGAAGAGCAGUAAACGAAAAACAUGCUGGGGUGUUUGCAUGCUGGCCCCUCCCCUUUGGCCUCUGGCCCCGCCCACCCCAGAAUGAGGUCCCAGAGGGUUCUCUGAAAUUGAAUUGGGCCCUCAGGUAGAAAGAGGUUCAACACUCUUGCUGAACGGGGGCAGCAGGCCCAAAGCCCAGCACCUCCAUGCGGUGUAAGAGCCCCCUUGGUGUGCGGAUGAUGUCGGACUGGGGGCCUGAGACCCGGGUCUCGCCCCCUCUUGGCCACCGAACUGUCUUGGUGCCUUUGGGCCGGUCAUUCAGUCUCAGCCUAACCUGCCCACAGGGGUGUCGUUCUGAGAUUCAAAUGGAGCCAGGUGAGCCACCUGGGCUCUUGGAUGGGAUGGCGCAAUAACAGCAACAGUUCAAGGAUAAUUUCACACCAUCCUGGAAGUCAGCCCUGUCCUGGCCAUGAAUUUUUACGGUUACCAGAAAAGCACCGGCCAAUCCUGGGUCCCUCAACCUCCAGGCGACACUUCAAGCCCUCUGCUUAACUAGCCCAUCUACUUGUUGCCAUGGAAGUUCCCAGAGGGACGUGACCCCCCCCCCAUUAUAUGUGCUCUGACAGGAAGGGGGCAAGUUAUUCUGUGGCUUAAGCCCUGAUGUUGUGUUUAAUUUGAGGGUUUGGCUAAAGCAAAGCAAAACGGGGGCCAAAUCCUAACAGCGGCACCUAUGCAGGAGUGAAGCACUGCCUGCCCAAGGCCUAAACAACCAGCGACCUCUCCUGCAAGCGCCGCCCAGCAAGGGCAAAGCGUGGUGCUGGCACACGCACACUGACGCCGUGAGUUAACCUGUGCAGGUCUGCAGUCCCUCGUGUCUGUACCUGGGACUUUUUGGUACAUAGCGUUGUCCCUGUGGGAACAAGAGAACAGCCCCGUAUUUCAAACAGCCAUAACGUUUCAUAGUGCUCUCAUCGAAUUAAUAAGAGUUCUCAUCAAAUAAGUGCGUUUUCUAAAAAAAAAUACAAAAUGACUUAACUGGGAUCUACGACCCCAACCUGUAAUUGCGACAAACUCGAUCCUGUGUGUGUGGAGAGAGGAAAGCCCCGCAAGUCCUCAGCCACCUGGCUGCCACACAGGGAUUUGGCAGAACUGGUCCCUGGUUUUGGAAGUCGGGGGGUGAGCUCAAAUCUGCACUCUCAUUUUCCAUUUCUGUUCCCUGACAAAUAAGGGGGGAGGGCAGUUGAUUUGGGAAGGGGGAGAUUGGCAAGGGAAUGGCCCAUACAUUUAAAGAACCGGCCAUCAUGAGGUGGGAAGCGAGGGUGCAUGUAGAAAUGUGGAGCCACUCAGCAGAAAUGUGGGAAGGGUCAGACCGAAGCUCUGGUGCUUUUUAUUUCAGGGUGAUUUGAAACAGAUGCUUCUCCAUGCGGAGAAUGCAUCUGUCUUUGAGCUUAAUUCCUGAUUGUUGAAAUCCAAUUUUGUCAUUUGGAUUCCUUCCACACAGCCUCUUGGAUAGGAGCAAAGGGGACCUGAGAACAAUCCAGUCCACAAGCAAAUUUAACCAAGCUCUUUUUGCAUCUGGAGGGUGUAUGUGAGCAAAGAAUGUGCAGACAUCCUUUUGUGGCAGGCGGAAUUGAGAUGGCAGGUGGAAGGACCCAAUUUUAAGGACUGAACUGCUGCUUUUAAAAGUUCACGACCGUUAUGCAUUUUUCUUUCCUUUACCAGCUUGCCUUGGCUUUUCAUCUUUUUUGUACCAUUGCUAAAGUGCCUUGCCUGACUGCAAUUAUGUAUUUUUUGUUCAACUAUUACACAACUUUUUAGAAAUGCCCAGUCUUAAUAACCGGACUGGCUUCAUUCACCAGGGUUCCAACGUCCUUAGUGGGAAAAGAGGUGAAUUCAUAUCUCUUAAAAUCAAACAGCUGAGUGCAAGAAAGGAAAGAGGAGCCCUUCCAGCCUCCCUCUAAGAAAUGCAGCCCAUCUUCCCAAAAUGCUUUUGCUUUUUGCCAAAAUUCCUCUGAUUUUUUUCCACCCAGAAUUUGCUUUGAAAUUCACUUUGCAUGAAAUCCUGAGUCAUGACAUAAGCCACAGCAAAAGACUUUUGGCUUCCACUAAUAUUCUUCAGCUUGGACAUAAUGCCACAGUACCGCAGUAGAGUCGUGAAGUGGUAGAGGGAACAUAGUGCGAAGGGGAUUUCGUUUUUGAACACUCCUCUUUAAAAGCAAGCAAGCAAGCCAGUCAGCCAGCCAGCCAGCAAGCAAGCCAGCCAGCCAGCCUCUGGUGGCAUAGAAAUGGCAUGAUGAUGAUGAUGAUGAUGAGAAUUGCAUUUCAUCACAUCCAGUGGGGACCAGGACAGGGAAGGCUGUGUUAGCCCUAUUCCAAAGUUCAUCUUCCCCAUGCAUUUAGAAUGGAAGGAAAGAGAGGGCUGGGCCAAGCCUAUCAUCUCUGGCCUCUCCCCAACAUCCUUCUUGUCCAAGUGUUGUGACAGAAAACUGGCUGUGCUCUUGUCAUCCCCUGCAUAAUCUAGAGCCCUGGAAAACCAAAAUGGCUUAAAUCUGUUAUCCAGCAACUCUGCCUUCUCCCUUUGCUUUUACUCCAAAGUACAGAAGAAAGUCGUGUGGUUCCUGCACACAGUUCUAGUCUAAUCACCAGGGCCUGGUAGUCCAACUUGGCAUCUCUGGCUUGGAUCUGAAUUCUGCAGGAGCUAUCCAUGGUACUGAAACUUCUUCCAAAGUACGUUUGGCAUCAAGGGUAGUUCCUUUAAGAUUUAGACUGAAACCUGAAGAAGAAACAUCCGGCAUUGGAACCACCGAUGCCUCAGGGUUGAGGCAGUGCUUGGAACGCAGGGCUGUUGCCACUCCUGGGGACAUUUUGGGCCUGCUCUCUUUUUAGCUAUGAGCAGCUGGUCAGUUUUGUUGCUUGAAGAGACAAAGAUCAUAGUAGGAAGCACUAGGUGUGAUAUACACAGGCAGUUGACCAAGCAGUGUGAGCAAGCCAUCCCACAUAAGCAAGCUUGAGCCCAUUUCAAAAUAUAUCCUUUACCAGCAAAGUUCAAAUUGCAUUGGCUAGAAUUCAGAAUUCCAAUAAGAGUAAUAAGAAAAAGCCACAGCCAGGACCUUUCCCCCUAAACUUCGAUGCUGCAGAGAAAAGAGGCAGGGUUGGGGUGCAGAAUCUAAGUCUUGGGGGCCACAGCUCUCCCUUGGGGGGUCCUAGCAGGCUGAGCCCCCUUCCCCCAACACAGAUUACUUGAUGGUGUCCAGCUUUUGCCCAGUGGUUUAGCGACUGUAGUGCCAUUUCUGACUUCGCUACUGCCAGACCAGCUUUAAGGCAGCGUUUGAGGCAUGGUGUUCCUAAACCCUUUUGCUUUCAGCCCAAAGCUUUUGUUCUCAGCCCUGCCCCCACCCCCCAUCAGAACAUGGCCCUCGAAAAGGCAAAUCAUCCUGCCUCCCCAGGACAAAUAGCAAGUUGGCGGAGCCUCCAAGCCAGAAGAAGGCCCUUAAGCACUCUUUCGUUACAGCUGAGCCACCCUAAAUUUCUUUCACCAUGUGAUGCUGGGGAGAAGGGCUGGCUGCCUUAGGGCCUGAGAUUGCUCUCGUGCUGUGCCGUGCAUCUGUUGUCGUUGUUGUUCCUGUUCCUGUUCCUGUUGUUGUGUCGCGUUUCACAGGAAGAGUGAAAGCCUAUAUCCACAGAUUUGUUUCUGUUGUGUCUUCUGCAGGAAAUGUCUAAGUGACUCGAGUGCCAUUCUGAAAUGGCCAUAAGCAAUAAGAAAUGUAUCAGGUACAGCUUGCGAGUUAGAGCAAACGACUGGCCAGGAUGGUCAUGGCCUCACCUUUCCUUCCCCUCUGGAAAUAUUAAUAUAAUUUGCAAAGAGGUUCCU